GCGGGGGGAUGGUGAGUCGGAGAUAAACACUCCGCGGCGGUGGCGGCUGCUGCUCUUCUUCGGGUUCUGUCACGGUGUCGGCGGUGCCCAGCUCACGGGACACCCCUCCCCCUUCUGGCGAGCGUGGUCGCCAGAGAGGCUCUCUCAACCCUGCUCUGCGGGGUCCACAGCAGGGUGCGGGUGUCCGGCGGCGGCGGCGAGCCCGUGGGCAGUGGGGGUUGGUCCCGCGGCUCCGGCCCCCGGUGCAGAAUGGCGGCGGCGGUUCGGAUGAACAUCCAGAUGCUGCUGGAGGCGGCUGACUACCUGGAGCGGCGGGAGAGAGAAGCUGAACAUGGUUAUGCCUCCAUGUUACCAUACAAUAACAAGGACAGAGACGCCUUAAAACGGAGGAACAAAUCCAAGAAGAAUAACAGCAGUAGCAGAUCAACUCACAAUGAAAUGGAGAAGAAUAGGCGGGCCCAUCUUCGCUUGUGCCUGGAGAAGCUGAAGGGGCUGGUUCCGCUUGGGCCCGAAUCGAACCGACACACUACGUUGAGUUUAUUGACAAAAGCCAAAUUGCACAUAAAGAAACUUGAAGAUUGUGACAGAAAAGCCAUUCACCAAAUAGACCAGCUUCAGCGAGAGCAGCGGCACCUGAAGCGGCAGCUGGAGAAGCUGGGCCUCGAGAGGAUACGGAUGGACAGCAUCGGCUCCACCGUCUCCUCGGAGCGCUCGGACUCCGACAGGGAAGAGAUCGACGUGGACGUCGAAAGCACAGACUAUCUCACGGGCGACCUGGACUGGAGCAGCAGCAGCGUGAGCGACUCGGACGAGCGGGGGAGCAUGCAGAGCCUGGGCAGCGACGAGGGCUACUCCAGCUCCAGCAGGAAGAGGAUAAAGCUCCAGGACAAUCACAAGACGUGUCUGGGCCUCUGAGAGCGCGGGUCGCCGCGGCUGCCUCCCGGAGGGCUCUGCCGGCCGCUCGGAUUAGGUAGUGUGUCGGACCGCCACAGUCCCCUUGCACGUAAGCUUCCGUGUACCACCUUUACCAGAAUCAGCUGUAACCGUUUUGCAGGAAGUGCUUAGGAUUGUGGGUUUCUGAUCGCAUCCACUAGCUUCUCUUUCUCUCCAUACAAAUUCGUCUGCCAGACUGUACAUUCCAAUCAAUUUGAAGCACCCAAGAAUUCUUAGACCGAAUAAGCAACUUUCACAGCUCAGCAAUUUCCCCUCUUAUUUACUGUCCCCGGGUAGUCUAGCCAACCUUUCUUAAAGUUUUCUGGCUAUGUUAGUCAUCUAGCAGAAAUGUCCAAAUGUGUCUUGUGCUUAGGAAACUGAAGGAAAACAGACUUUUAAAGUUGAGAUCCCGAUCUCAGAACUCCAAAGUAAGCUCUAAAAGCGGCAUUUAAGAGCACUUCACCGGGGACCUCCCCUCCCAGUGAGGAGUCAGGAAUACCUCCAGAAAACACACCCUUCACACACCCCGUGCUAACCCCCGACCCGCGUGUGGAGGGGAGCAGUAUUUCUCACGUGCAAGUGGACGCCGUGAUAGCAUGUCUUUGGGGUCGCGCAGCUCAUACAAGUUCCAGCAGUUUGUUCUCACCAACAAGACGGUACAAUCUCUUUGUGCGCGAUGUUCUGGGGCCGCGCUGUGUACUGCUCUCCCAAGGCACGUUUUCUCCCUCAGAGUUUGUUAUGCUACUUGUCUCUGGAACAUUUUUUUUUCCUACCUCAGAGAUAAAUGAGAUCUCCAUUUCCCACUUAACACGGAGUGAUUUUGCCUUUUUUUCGCCCCCAAAUAAGUGACGUUUGGUCCAACGCUAAUCUAUUUUCCUAUUUAACUCUCAGCAAUAAGCGAGCUCUGGCGCUAGCUGAGCUAGUGUCCAUCAGUGAAAGGAAAAGUCCGCAUUUCUACGCUGUUGGAGGUGAACAGGAGGGGAUGGUAGAGUGUUAUUAGAAUUCCUCUCCUUAGUUUUGGAUACACCCAGAAACUUCUUUAUGGAGGCUUCUGGGUAGCUAGUUUAAAAGGCUGAUCUUUCUUUUUGGUUAUGAUUUCUCCCUAAGUGGUCUCCCACUUUGUAGCAUUUUUAUUUAAGCUAAAACAGAGCACAUGUAUAUGUACAUAAGACACAUUAAAUCUAUAAAUACUAUUUAUUCAUUUUAUAUAAACUAAUGUAAUGGAAAAAAAUUCUUAUGACUUUGUGCUUUUAUAGAUGUUCUAGAAACUUUGUAUGUAGGUAUCUACAAAAUUGGUUCAUUCCCCGUAGUAUUUUUGCAUUCAUAUUUUUGAGGCGGAGGUUUUCAGCCUCUGGCAAAUCUUUUUCAUUGAAUUUGAACCAUUUGUAAAACCUGUGACGCUGAAACAGAGUGUGUGUCACAAAGUGACGAGAACAUUCCUAAAAUCCACAGACGCACUGCAACCUAAGGGCUCCACGGCUGAAGCAGCGGUGGGCGGGCGGCCGCCCCAAGCUCCUGCGCCGCCUGCCUGCGGUCUCUGGCCCCCCAGCCUCGCCCCGCCUCCAGCGCCUCCACCUUCCACGCGACUCAAAACGCGCUCCACGCGGAAGUUCAUUCUAUACCCGAAGAGCGGUCUAAACAAAGCAAGAUUACUUUUGUUUUUUCAUUUUAAUGAUUCUCUAUUGAAUUUUUUUAAUUGGAAGUAGUCGAUUCCUAAAUGAUUCCAAAGCCAUCUGUGCUUCUGUUUUUGUUUUGUUCUGUUUUUUUCCUGCAUUUCAGCUUUUGGGGGGCGGGGGGAAGGGCAGGUGACAAAGGAUUUUUUUUUUUUAAUUGUUGGAAUCUUUUCCAAUGACCAGCUGAAGAUUUGCACUGAACUACAACUUGUAUGCCUUUUGCAUUUUUAAAGCCUGCUUCCUGAAUUUAAGCAGAGUGACAGUGUUCAAAGAGCCAGCUCAGCCUGUAACAUGUUUGAAAAGAUAUAUCUGCACUUUGAGGUCCCUUUCGAAUGCCAUUCGCUAGACCUCUCAAGCGUUUUAAUUGCUACGUUCAAGCGCCUCACAAGUCCAAGAUGCUGGAUGCCUCAAAGCAUCGAAAACUCAAGACUUUGGGCAAAGCUUGUGGGCUUGCAUUGGGGGAGGGAAGGGAACAGAAUUUGUGUAUUUGUUCGAUUUAGAAAUAAGGCAUCUGAGAGAUGCCGUUAUUUUCUGUGUUUAAGUUAAACUGCAUUUUUGUCUUUUCGUUGAAAUAUGAAAUGUACUGUCCCAAUAUAAAACAGUCAUUUGACCUUUGCACUGUUUGUCUGGUCCUUUUCAAUUUGAUUGAUUGCAUAUAUAAAUGUGGAAAUUGAUAUAUUUUUAAUGCACUUGUGAUAAACUGACACCAGGGUUAAACCUUACUUUUCAAAGCUCGAGGUGGACCGACUCAGCAAGCUAGCUAGGCCUCUCUCUAACCAAAACUGUAACCUUCAGGACCAGCAAACUCAGCCCGAGGCAGCUACUCCCCUUCCCCCCACGGCUCCCCAGCAGCCCUGACCUGCCAACCUGUCGUUGCAUUCACUGAUCCACCAGCGUGACUGUUCAGAGCUCUCGAGCCUGUUUGGUUGUUUUGGGUUUUUUUAAUCAAAAUGAAAAACCUUUCUAUGAGGGUUGUUGGGGGGGUGGGGAGGGGCAAAGCUAGAAACCCCAGCCUUUAAGACUUUGACAAUUGUACGUAACUAUAGAUGUGUGUAAAUAUAGGCACAUGCAUAUUUUUAUGUAAAAUUGAUUUUAAAAAACAAGAAAUCUAUACUCUCACCGAUACCACUGCAAUGCCGGUGGGAAAAUAAGAGUAUGCAGUCAAUUUCAUGCAGUGAGAAAAUACAUCGGUGUGCUUCUGCGAACAGCCCGGAAAGCCCGGCUUUCCCCGCCUGUUGGCUUAGAACGGCAGGCGAAGCCUCCAGGGGGUUGUGUGCAGGGUUUUCUGCUGCUGAGCAAAGAUCUUGAAUUCUUCAAGGUGCUGCUAGUGACCGCUGACUCCUGUGUCUAGUUACAGACUUAAUGCUAGUUUGUGAAGCUCUUUGAAUCACUCUUUUGAGCAGGACCUAAAUUCCUCUCCCAGUCUGCCCCAGACUCAAUUUCAGGGUUGAUUCAAAAUUGAGCACUGCGGUAGGGCCCUGACCCGGCCUUCGGCCACUGGAAUGGCUUUCUUCUAAGGGAAGCAUUUUCCUUUAACCUCUACUUUUUCUCAAAAGAAACAGAGGCUCCUUACCUGGGUUUCCUGCGGGCCUCUCUGAUCCGUCCCUGAAGUGGCCAAGAGCAGAUCCUGGGGUGGGGGGAAAAGUGUCAACUAGGUAGGAUGGUGAUGCUCAAAGGAACUGCUCUAGCGGGGUCUUGGGGGGUCGCGAGUGGGUGUUAUGGACUUUUUUUCUUCUUGCCUCUGCCCCAUCUUUUAAAGAGAAAAUUUAUUUUUGAAAAAUAUA